AUGGAGUCUCCACAGUGUGAGCAGAGGAUCACAAAGGUCUCUCUAGCUGAAGUUCUGAGGUGUUUUGGACAUCCUAUAACAGAGGAGCAAGCCUGGGCUAUCUGUUUUCAGUGUUGCCGUAAAAUGGAGCAGUUGGCUCAGGGGAUGUACCCACCACUCCAUUCUGUGUUUUUAAAAGGUCCUGGAAGCAUCUUUAUCCAUGCUGAUGGUACUGCUUCCUUCAAGGUGUACCACAAGUCUGAUGUUGGAAGCAUUCAGCAGUCAGAGGACAAGCUGCUGGAGUACUUGGGAGUGGUGAUCUAUGAAGCCCUGGACUGGGGAAUCGACAGCCAAGUAGAGCGAGAACUGAGUGAUCCUUUGGAGAAACUGUUGUGCCUCAUGUUGAAACUGGAUGAUGAGGCAAUGAAACCAGCAGUCACCCUGCAGGAUGUUAUCAAGAGUCUGAGAAAAAUGCAUGUGGAAGAUUUGGUGGAAAAUCCCCUUAAGAAGAAGGAAAAACACUGGGCUGAAACUGCUAACAGACUGCUGCAAAAGUUAAAGUAUGAGAUCGCUUUCCCCUUGUCUUCCUCUUUUGUCUGCGGGCCCUUCAACCCUUGGUUUCUGAAAGUUCAGAGGAUUUUAACGGCAUCCCUGUGGCCCAACAUCAUCUGUGAACUGCAGAACGGUGUGAGGCUGCGCAAGGCCACUGAGCGACCACAGCGUCACACGCCUCCGAAAGAAUGUAUCCGUUCUCCCUACGAGUUGCUUUUGGAUGAUAUCCAGAACAAGAGGUACACCCUUCGGAAGGUGGGGGAGAGGAAGCUGAAAGAGUGGGUGCCGUGGGAGUCCAGCUGGCAUGAACAGCUCAUGGCAGAAAUACAACGACCACAGAAGCUUCAGUCAUCAGCAGCAAGGGAAAAUGGGAGCGGGCCCAAAGGAAUAAAUAUUGCCUUGAAAUCUCCAAGCAAUAGUUUCUUAAGUCUCCAAGAUGACAGUACCGAGUUUGAAAUUGUCAACAGUACAACACAGCAGCUGGGACCAGGAGUUCAGGAAACCACUCCCAAGCUGCCUUCCAGCACCUGGCUUGCCUCAGCCAGGUCAUCAGUGGUAUCCUGCAACGGCACAGGUCUCACUGCAAAUUCGACAUGUCCUCCCAUGAGUGCAUCCAUACUAGCCAACAUUAAACUUAAUGGUUUCCUGAAUGCUGGACAACAACAGCUGCCUCCUUACAGACGAAGGUCUGGAUCUUUAGAGAGAGGCCUUCAAAGCAAGGAACUUGACUGUCCCUUUCCUACCAAGUGGCCAUCACCAACCAUUGCUGAGCUGAUUGGAACCAGAUAUGCAAUGAUAGUACUGGAAGGGCAAGGCUUGUUCCAAGGAGGUAGUGAUGGUGUCUUUCCAAGAGCAAAGAUCUGUUUCAGCUGCCAUAAGCAGAUGUUUCUUAAGUGGCCUUACAGCUGUUACCUCUGCAGCAGUGUUAUCUGCUGUGACUGCUGCAUCAAGAUGUCCAUGCCCUUCAGAACGUGUGUACAUCUCCCACUUCACUUCCUAAAAUUUUUGAGACUCUCCAGAGAGGAGGACCCAGCUACUCAAGAGCAGAAGAAGUCAGAGUUGCUGCAUGCGGUAGAGCACUGGGAGUGUUUUGGUGUUCCUAUUAUUUUGGAACCCCAUUGCCUAGCACAGCCUCUGUGGAGUUACACAGGGACCAUGGCAAACUGGCUGACUGUGGACAUCUGCACACACUGUGAGCAGUAUCUGUUGAAUAUGGCUUCCAGUGAACAGCAGAGCAUCCAUCUCAGGAGAAUUUCCUGGCCUUGA